AGGAGAAAUAAAUAAAAAUAUUUCGAAGUUGUUCGGACGUUGAUCGAUUUUAAAAAUUAUCACUUCAAUUUUCUGUCCGCAUAAAUAAACGACCAAAGAAAUAAAAUCUUUGUACACUCGUGGGAUGCGCGGGUUAACGUACUCGAAGUCUUGUGCACCGUAACGCGAUCGGUGUAAUAAUAGAGACGAAGAAUCUCAAUCUUCCCCUCGGUAAAGAGACCAGCCGUUAAUUGAGACAACGAUCUUCCAGUGAAUCUACGUCCGAACGUCGCCGUAAUACGAGCGAAUAAUCUACACUAGUCAAAAGACAAAACAAAUAGCGGCGGUACCGGGCAUAACGAACAAUCAUCCGCAUAGCAGCGUCAUAUUUCAACGACUUUACAUCAGAACUAAACAAGCCAACGAAUGAACGUAAAACGAGUAAAGUGUAAAGCAGAAACGUUGAACGAGAAAAUGGAAAAAGUCAGGGAAUUGCAUUAACCGUGCGGUAGUACGUUGCACCGCGAGUGAGAAAAAGGAAUAAAUGUUGGGAUCGUUUGAAAGUACCGUUAAAAGAUCGCUCCUUGAGUAAAGAACGCUUUCACUGUAGCGCGUAUAGUAUAUUUCUGUAUACAUCUGAGGUCACCACGUGUUUCGCUUCGGUGUUACAUAGAACGUGUGGAAAAAUAUACUUUUGAAAUGUGUAAUAAAUUCGAGUGAACUAACCCAAUUAUAUCGUGGAAAGAAGUAGGAGAAGAGGAAGAAGAAGAAGAAAAAAAUUGGAAAAAAUGGAAAAAACCGAAAGAAGAAGCGGAAAAUUGUCACGUGUUGAAACGACCGCAACGAAUUUUCCACACUAUCGUAUCAAGAUUCGUUUUACCAAUAUUAGUUUUUCCAUUUAAAUAUAUAUAUAUAUAUACGAAUGUGUAUUAGCAUACGAACUGUGCUCAGAACGUCACCCGUAGUUACAUUAAAUUACGUAACCGAUUCACGUUAUACACGGUGUGUUUGAAAAUUCUUGCGACCUCCGCGAGUUCGAACGCCGGAGGUAAAAGAGCGAUAAAAAUUAUAUAAACUAAAAUAAAAUAAUGAGAAAAGAAAAAAAAAUGUAUCCCAACUGCGGAAAUGUUGAGUAACGAAUGUGAUGUAGAAUUAUGAUUACUCUUUUUCCUUUUUUUUUUUUCACAUACACCUACUCGUCGUCGACCAUACGGUAACGGAAGCUCGCGAAUUUGAAUCAUGUAGGGUACGCAAACGAUACUACGAAUCGCCGACUCUUUUCGAAGGUCAACGAAACCGAAAACUGUACAGUGACAGUGGAUUUUAGUCGGCGGGAUGUAUAAAUGAGGAAAUCGCGACACUACGUAAACUACGAGAUACCAAUGCAACGGCGAACAGCCGCCACCGAGCACCUUUUCAAAGAUAGCAGCAGCAGCAGCAGCGGCAGACGGAAUCGUCGACGUCGUUUAGUCAUUGUAUAUCCUAUCGCUCAUUGUCAGUAUCAUAUCGCAGUUACCAAGGAAACUCUCGCUGUAAACGAACCGAGGUAUUUCGUUCAAAGGUGCUGCACUCUCGUUUAAAACUGCUCGCGAAUCUUGAUCGAACGUCAAAAAAAUGCAACGAUGUUAACCGAACUGAUCGGGUAAAAAAAAAAUGUAAGUCAAACGUCGCGAAGUGUUUGAAUGAAAUUCCGAACACGUUGAUCGCGUCAACGCAACGAUACGGUGAAUCAUUAUCUGUGAUAGUUGGCCAAAAGUAUUAUCGAGCAUUACGCAAGGUAUUGUCGGGCCGUCGACCGAUCCCGUCAAUGAAUUACGACCGAUUAACGGAUUCCACCGGAAUGUAAGAACGUCGCCGGCAUGUCGCAACCAUCCCCCGGUUCGGGGACGACCAGCACGUCUACGGUGUCUUCGUCCGGGCAAGAUGUGGGCAUCGGCGUCACCUCGCAAAGUAUAAGUAUGUACGCGGUGGGAGCACCGGGUUCCGUUAACGGUACCGGAAGUACCUGCAGCAGCGUCGGAGGGGCAGGAGGGGGCGGUAGCGGAAACGUUACCGGUACCGGCGGCGCCCUCGGUAUCGCGGGUAUUCAGGGUAUCGGUAUAAUGACCGGCGGAGGGGUAGCGGGAGGAAGCUCUUCGAAAAUUUCCGAAUCAUCUCAAAAUCCUUCAUCAACGACCACUUCACCGCCACCACCCGUGCCUUUGACAACGAUAACAUCUGGGGCUGGUAAUUCGACGAACCUUUCCAGAAGCGCCUCGGCACCGACCGGCCCUACGAGACCCGUCGUAGCGACCCCCAGCUUCGUCAGCCACAGAAAUGAAAAUGAAAAUCAAAGACUACAGAGAACCGUCAGCCGCACCGACGCCAUUAAAAAUUACAUAAAACGCGAGACAGCGACAUUUUUCGGUGUCGACGAGGACUCGGAAGCGCAAGAAAAACAACGAUGGCUCGAACGUCGACGGCGUAUGGCGUCGAGAAAGUACGGUGCCCUUUUACCCGAACAUCGACCCCCGGAUCCCGACAUAACACGGGAUGUUCCCGACGCUAGUGAAAUUCCAGAGGGCGUAACACUGAGGAGAUGGCAUCAGCCAGUGAGACGAAAAGAUUCGGUGGCGAGAAUGACGUUGUCCGGACUUUCCUACAUGGUUACGACAAUGACGCGUCAUCGUCCUCGAGAACGCGACGAAACGCGUCCCGAAUCCAGAAGUUUUCCUCCCAGCACGGUUCCCCUAAACAACGUCGGAGGAGGUGGAGGUUCCACGUCGCCGGAAGUAACUGCCGACGAAGAAGAAGAAGCAUUUUUUGAAAGGCCACCACCUCCGUCCCCGGCGCUAACCAAUCAACAGCAAAUAGCGAACGAUCGUAACAUUCAGGGAAUUAAUUCGGCGCAGCAGCAGGACGAUUUAUUGAACAACGGAAGUUCGACGGCCCACGAUUUAGACGAGGGGGCUGCCGCUAUUUCCGCUCUAUCUUCGUGCACCGCGGACACCGUUGACGCAACUUCUUCCUCUCAUUCGGUCGAACGAGAUCUUUCCGAGGAAUUAGUUAGGUUCACCACACCCAAAGAAGAGGGAAUAUCCUCAUCAGAAAUACUCAGUAGAAGACCCAGGCAGAUAUCGAGGGACCAUUACACUUCAAGAACGUCGAGUUGGCGCAGGUCGCGUGAUCCAGGAGGUGCUCCCGAAGGACUUGGUAACGCAUCAUCUGGAGAAGCUGUGACCUUGAGGAGACAGGCGAUAAGCGGUACGAGGAUAUCGCCGAACACUAUCGACAGAAUAUUCGACAACAGUAACAGGAGGCAAUAUGGAAUGGGCAUCGUUGGGCGAUUUUUUGGACGAUCCUUCAGGAAAAGCGUCGCCCAUAAACCGCACGUUAAAAAACAGCUCGACGACAUCGAGGAUCAAAGACCAUUUUUUACCUACUGGAUAACGACCGUACAAGUUUUGAUACUUGUUAUAUCGUUGGCGUGUUACGGAUUUGGGCCAUUUGGUUUCGAAUUGAGUCACAGAACGGGAUCGGUCCUGGUCACCAGCCUGUCGCUCCAACAAGUCGAUUAUCAGGAACCGGCUAAUUUUUGGAUCGGACCCAGGGCCGCUGACCUCAUUCACUUGGGGGCCAAAUUCGCGCCGUGCAUGCGUAGGGAUAUCAAAAUUCUCAAAGAAAUCGACGUAUGGCGAGAGAGGGAAAGGGACACCGCCUGUUGUAUAAGAAAUGACGACUCUGGAUGCGUUCAAUCCAGCAAACAAGACUGCUCAGUCCGAGGAUUGAGAUCGACAAUGACGAACACUAUAUCAACGUGGAAAAAAUGGGGACCAGGAGACAGCGGUCCCGGAGGAAGAAUAAGCGGUUCUGUUUGCGGAUUGGAUCCAAAAUUUUGCGACGCGCCCGCGAGUAUCGCACCUUACGAGUGGCCCGACGACAUAACGAAAUGGCCGAUAUGCCGAAAAACGAAUCCAUUCAAUCAAAGAUUCAGCAAGGGUGGAAGCAACCAAAUGUUUCCAGUGAGUCGUCACAUGGACAAAAUGGCGGAGCACAUGGUGUGCGAAGUUAUAGGUCAUCCAUGUUGCAUAGGAAUUCACGGGAUGUGCAGAAUAACAACGAAAGAAUAUUGCGACUUCGUGCACGGUUAUUUUCACGAAGAAGCAUCGCUCUGUUCCCAAGUCGAAUGUCUCCACGACGUCUGCGGAAUGAUACCGUUUUUGCAUCCCGAAUGGCCGGAUCAGUUUUACAGAUUGUUCACAUCAAUUUUUCUCCACGCCGGGAUUUUUCAUCUGGCUAUCACCCUAUGCGUGCAAUACUUUUUCAUGAGAGAUUUGGAAAAAUUGACUGGAUCCUUUCGAAUCGCAAUAAUAUACUUCACAGGUGGUUUGGCCGGAAAUCUGGCCAGCGCGAUUUUCGUCCCCUACAGAGCCGAGGUUGGUCCCGCAGGCGCGCAUUUCGCGUUACUGGCAACCCUUGUUGUCGAAGUAUUAAACAGUUGGCCGAUGUUAAAACAUCCACGUCGAGCGUUAUCAAAGUUAUUAAUUUCUUUGUUCGCCCUAUUAAUAUUGGGAGCGCUACCAUGGAUCGAUAAUUACGCCCAUUUAUUCGGAUUCGUAUUCGGUUUUUUAGCGGCAUACGCAGUGAUGCCGUUUAUAUCAUUCGGUCGUUACGAUCGUCGUAGAAAAAUUCUACUCAUCUGGAUAUGCCUGAUAUUGAUAGUCGGUCUAUUCGCGAUGUUAUUGGCAUUAUUUUACAACGUACCGGCAUACGAGUGUGAGAUAUGUAAAUUAUUCACAUGCAUACCAUUCACCAAAGAUUUUUGUGCCUCACAAAACAUUAAUUUUAAACGUGAAGAACCCGUAUGACACCGGGGGCAGCGGUCAAGAGUCGAGGGUAUAACAACAUCUGAAACAACAACAAUAACAGUAAUAACAACAUUCAUAUUAAUAUUUACAAUAAAUAAAACAAAAAUCUAGCAGCUCUCAUAUAUGAUAAUAUCGAUGCAAUUAUUCAACUACUUUAAAUAAUUGAAAAAAAAAUAAAGAAAAAAAUCCAUCAUCGUCAGUCAGCAACCAAGCAUCACGAUCUUUAUGAUGAAAAUAGAAAAAAUUUUAAAAAAGCUAAAAAAAAAAAAAAAAGAACAAAUAAAGAAACCGUCAAAAGAGAAAGAUUAAAAAAG